UCUCUGUAAAUUCCCAAGGCUGAGAGAGAGGAGUGUACUCAUGGAGUCAUGAAGAUUUUUGAGUUAUUUAUUUAAGAUUUCCUCUUCCGUAAGAAGAUCUGAACAAAAAAAUCAAAACUUUAGGAGUUACCAUGACGAGACGACGCCAUGGCUGGCAACGACCUUUACACCCAUUACAGAUUGUGGGAGCUGUUAUUUUUAGUGUUCUGGUGGCAGCCUUUUAUGUAUUCCUCGGGUUUUUCGUUGGCAAUCGAAUAGCUAUUAUCGCGCUUCUUUCGGUUUUCUCCUUUGUGGCGGUUUCGGUUAUUGUUUUAUUCGUUAGGUGUACUGCCAUUGAUCCUACGGAUAAGACUAGUGCUAAGAGAAAGAGAAAAGCUAAAUCCAAAGGAGUCUUGAUGAAGCUGAGAUUCAAGGUUGUUUUGAGUCAAGUUGUUGUGAGGUUUUUCAGGAGAUUAGAGAGGAAGAUCUUGAGGAAUUUUCUCAGAAGAACCUAUUUGGAUCCAUGGAAAAGCAGUGUGCAGCUGGAACCACUUCUUCCAUUCCCACUUGUUAUGAAAGAUGAUGAUUCUGUUACACCAGACCCUAAAGAAGAAGAUGAUAUCUCUUAUUGUUCACUUUGUGAUUUAGAGGUUAAACGCAGCAGUAAGCAUUGCAGGACAUGUAACCGGUGUGUUGAAGGGUUUGAUCACCAUUGCAGGUGGCUUAAUAACUGCGUUGGGAAAAAGAAUUACACGACGUUUAUACUCAUGAUGGUUUUUGUCUUGCUCAUGCUAAUUAUAGAAGGUGGAACAGCCAUUGCCGUAUUUGUCAGAUGUUUUGUGGACAAGAAAGGGAUGGAAACGGACCUGAAGAGAAGGCUUUAUGUAGAGUUCCCUAGAUGGGCUAUUGCUACAAUAUCUGUUAUAUUGGUCUUGUUCACAACCUAUGGCUCGGCUGCCAUGGGGCAGCUUUUCCUCUUUCAUGUAGUUCUCAUAAGAAAGGGGAUGAGAACAUAUGACUAUAUAUUAGCGAUGAGGGAGGAGAAUCAAUUUGCAGAAGUGGAUCCUUUUGAUGAAUUAGACUCAUCUUCAGAUGAAAGCUCUGAUUUUGAUUCACCUGAAAGAUCAAGACAGACGUUUAUCUCCAAGUUUAUGUGCAGGAAAGCGAAUGAGACUCAGCAGAGACUAUCCAUAAAAAUAGAAGGAGAUGAACAUUCACCUGCCACGCUGAUCAACAAGAAACCGGGUUUUCAUGUAAGCAUAAACCCAUGGAAACUGAUAACUUUAAGCAGUGAAAAGGCUCUACAAGCAGCUGAGAAAGCAAAGGAAAGACUGAGAAAACCAAAACCAGUUACCGAGACUGAAAAAGAUUCACUUAAGCCACUUCCAUUAGAGACGAAAUUUGGACUUUUGCUAGAUCCAGACAAUACUAACACCGUGUUAACACCAUCAACAGCUGCAGCAGUAAAGCUUCAGGCUUCACCAGGAAGAUUCUCAAGCCCAAGGAGAAGGUUUUCAGGCUCUUCAUCUGUCACUGUGCCAUCGCCGAAACAAAAGUACAGGAGUAACUUUGACUUGAAGCUAACUGAAGUCUCUAGGGAGCUUGAAAGUUACAUCUCAAGACAGGUUUUAUGUUCUGUGAUAAAGCAAGAUGGAAGUGAAGCAUCACCAAGAUAAAGAAAAGAAAAGAAACUGUUAUUUUGGCUGUUGUUCAUCAGUUCAAUUACUUAUUUUCUGGUUGUUUGUUCUCAGUCUCUGAGAAAUAUUUAAGAUCUGAUUAAACUUUUGCCUCCUCUUGUGACUUUACAGAGUAUAUAUAUAAAAAUAUGUUCAUGAGAUA